AUGGACUACUCCAAGCUGCGCGCGCAGUUCAAGGACGAGUCGGAAGGGUCGAGCUGGACGGCAAAGCAGGAGCAGGUCCUCCUCGAACCAUAUGACUACCUCUGCGGCAUCCCAGGCAAGGAGGUCCGCUCCCACCUCAUCGACGCGUUCAACCUGUGGCUCAAGGUGCCCGAGGACGACCUCGACGUGAUUCGCAAGAUUGUACGGAUGCUGCAUAAUGCGAGCUUGUUGGUCGACGACGUCGAGGACGACUCGGAGCUGCGCCGCGGCGUACCCGUCGCGCACAAGGUCUACGGCGUGCCCCAGACCAUCAACACGGCCAACUACGUCUACUUCCUCGCAUUCCAGGAGCUCCUGUCGCUGAAGGAAGGCACGUCGGGCAAGAAUAUCACCAACGUGGACGUAACGGCAAUGGUCAAUGAGGAACUGCUCAACCUCCACCGCGGGCAGGGCAUGGAGCUGUUCUACCGCGACAGCUUGACGUGCCCCACCGAGGAGGAAUACGUCCAGAUGGUCCUUGGAAAAACUGGCGGCCUGUUCCGCAUCGCUGUCAAGCUCAUGAUGGCGCGGUCCAAAUCCACUGUCGACUAUGUUCCUCUGGUCAACCUCAUCUCUGUGUGGUUCCAAAUCCGUGACGACUACAUGAACCUGGAGUCGGGCGAGUACAAGUCUCGCAAGGGCUACUGCGAAGACUUGACCGAGGGCAAGUUUAGCUUCCCUGUCGUUCACGGCAUUCGUGCAGACACGAGCAACCGGCAGAUCUUGAACGUGCUGCAGAAGAAGACGACGUCCCAUAGCCUCAAAGCCCAUACCGUCGACUACCUUCGCGACCACACAAAGUCGUUCGAGUACACGCGUCGAGUGCUCUCGCAGCUGCUCGACCAAUUGAGGGAGGAACUGGCCUCGCUAGGCGGUAACAAGGCGCUCGAGGCCAUCAUCGCGAGGCUAGAGCUGCCCGAGCCCGAAGCAGUGGUCAGCGGCAAGGCGGAGUAA